AGGGAUUUCGGCGUCGAAGUGCCGAGCCGAGUUGAGGGAGGGAGAAUCCAAUCUCAGCUCAGUUCAGUUCAGCUCAGAUCUUCUAUUGUGUCACCAUUUCCAUGUAAUCCUUGUAAUUCUUUUGUCUAGGAUUCGUUGGCGCAUUCGUUUUAUGUGCGGGCUUUGAGAUUGUUUAGCGGCGGGAAAGUCGUAUGUGAGUUCGGGAGGGAUUGCAGCGGAGGAAGGCCAUGGCGCUGCAGUCACUUGACAUCGCGGUGUUCUCUAUUCCUGCGGCUUCAAGGGGAACUCAAAGUCUCCUGAGAUCUCGGGCGCCAUGUGGUUCGAUUAGGUGCAUUUCGAGGCAACAGAGUAACGCGUUUGUUUCCAUUUCGGGUCAAGAAUCUGAAACCGCUUCAGAGGCUGCCGAAACUAGUAGAAGUGGAAUGAUUAGUCGACGUCACGGCAUUUCUUCUGCACUAUUGUGUGCCAGCUCAAUUAUGUUAGGACAGAUGCUAAAUUACACUGGCCCUGCAUUAGCCGAGGAGAAUGCGAAGAAGGAGGAAGGCGGUAAUGUUGUCGAUGCGGUGCUUGAACUGUUCGACCCUGACCAAUUGACGAAGUCCGGGAAAAAGCUGCCUAAGAAGUAUGUGAAGAGUGUGAGAGAGGUCGUGAAAAAUUUGCGGGAAUCCUUCACUCAGGACUCAAAUGACGGUGCUAAGUUCAGAAGGAAUGCAGAUUCAGCCAAGGAGGCUAUCCGUGAGUAUUUGCAAAAUUGGCGGGGUUCGAAAGUUGUUGAGACUGAGGACUCAUAUUUAGCCCUUGAGCGAGCAUUUCUGGAGCUAGGAAAAUUUUAUUCGUCAAAGGGGCCUCAAGCUCCCCUGCCAGAAGAUAUAAAGAAUCGUGUACUGGAAGAUCUGAAUAAAGCAGAUGAAUCAAUUUAAGAGUGCCCCUUAUAUCGGAAUCACUGAAGGAAUUUGUGAGCAGUUUAGUAUGGGUACUAUGUUGGGGCGUAUUCUGUAUUGCUUUAAACUUGCAUUCUGUGGACUGCUUACCAGAGGUAUUUUCUCUCUCCGUCUCUCGAAAUUCAUGUGUUUGAGGGUCUACUCUUGGCGUCAAAUAAAGUUGGGAACAGUGGCUUGAGAGGUAUUCGCAUGCA